GAGUUACAGGAAAUGUUGCAGGAAAUCGAUGUUGAUGGUGAUGGUAAUGUCAGCUUCGAAGAAUUUGUGGACAUACUUUCGAAUAUGGCAUAUGAAGACAAAUCUGGUCUUUCGUCGGCCGAUCAAGAAGAACGUGAAUUGCGUGAUGCCUUUCGUGUCUUCGAUAAGCAUAAUCGGGGCUAUAUAACAGCAUCAGAUUUGAGGGCAGUACUGCAAUGUUUGGGCGAGGAUUUGGAUGAGGAAGAAAUCGAAGACAUGAUUAAGGAAGUCGACGUUGACGGUGAUGGUCGUAUUGAUUUUUAUGAAUUUGUUCAUGCCUUGGGCGAACCAGAAGACUCACAAGAAAACGAUGAAGAGGAGGAGAAUACCACAUCACCAUUGCCAACACCAAAAUCGAAUGUUUCCAUAACAUAUGAAUAAAU